AUUUGAUGCGAGAUUACGAGAAGAAUGGCUAAUGCGUACAUGAGCUGGAGAAACCGGUUUCUUAUUUUUAUUCUCUGCUCUGGAAUAUGCCCAGCUCUAACCCAGGGUCGGAGAAUAGAAAAUACAUGCAGUGGAUCCAACACUAUUCUUCUAGGCGAGCGGGAGAGAUGGGGACUCCUUACAUCUCCAGGGUUUCCUGAAUAUCUUCCAACUCCAUUAAAAUGUUCCUGGAUAAUUGACAAUUCUAAAUAUGCAGACGAUCCACACUGGAGCCUUUAUUUGUACCUUACACAGGUUUAUAUUGAACACAGUAUGAUCAGUAUAGAGGAAUGCCAAGAUACUCCGCUUGAUUGUACUCCUCUUCCAACCAUGAGCAGAAACGCGACAUAUAGAAGGUUUCAGUCUAGAUUUAUCAAGAUAUCGUUAAAUGUACCCUCUGGUCCGGAUAUACAUAUUAGAGUGAUGGAGGUGAGCGACGUAUUCGGGUUCAACAUGACCUACGAGGUAGCGAGGAACCAGGACAGAGGAAUAUCAUUCUUCAAGUGUUCUCUCUCAGAGUGUCAUCUUAACGGGGAGUGCAUUGUUCAGUCAAGUUUGGACGGUAGAGAAGUUGGUUCUAUGGAAUGUAGAUGCAAUUCUCCGCUGGACGACUCAGCAGUCUCGGAACCGAAGUUCUAUGGACCUCGUUGCCAGUAUCAUAACAAGCACGGACAUUGUACAGGUCCUGGAGAUGGACAUGAUGAUGCCAAGCAGAGAUGCAGAGGAGAACCUUGUUACUACUUUACAUCCAGGUUUGUAAAGUGUAACUGUAGCCAAGGAAUUGGAGGUAAAAGCUGCGAAAUAUAUGAAUCCGACCAACUUGGAGAUCCUUCAAGCUGCUCAUCCGAGCAUAAUAUCCGGAUCCGGAUCCAGCUGGAUGCUCGCUCAUCAACUCAAAUGGAGACUCAGAUCACUGAUGUUUGGUCUGAGUUGUGCAGAUGCAGAAUUCUUAGCAUACAUAAAUCUGAAGGAUGGUUUGAGUUGGAGAUGGUCGGAGAUCCAGAUAUUUUGGUAGAUUUAGUCAGGAAGAUAAAAAAGAGAGGAGUUAUCUCAAGCUCUCUUCCAAUCCGAGAUAUUCAAAUCAGUUCUUCAAACCCCCAGGUUUGCAUAGAAAAGUUGAGUUUAAACCAGGAGAAUCCAAUCAGAAACUCACAUGAAUUCAUCCUGUCCUGUCUAGCCAUUGGGGGCAAGAAUAUGGCAUUUUCCUGGAGCAAAGACGAUUAUAAGGUUAAUGUUUCGUUAACUCAACGAUAUAUUAUACAGGAUAUAGUGAAACGAGAUCAGGUUUGGAAUGGAACACUCCGCUGGAGAAACCUAGGUAUUCUUCAUGUCACAAAUGCAAGAAAAUACGACUCAGGAACUUUCAGAUGCACAGUAUCGGACGAAGGAGCUACAGUAUCCAUGUCUAUGGAUAUACCCGUACUCGUCUCAGAGAAACCUAGAGUAGAGGUUUAUCCUCAAGCUUUAGUUCUCACCCAGGAGAAGAAUAAAGUAACAACAAGUAUCAAGGAUUCUACAAUAUUCUGCUUUGCUCAAGAUAACGUGUUUUCCGAGGUUUAUAACUUUAAAUGGUUGAAAAGAGGAAUUGGCGAGGAUAGAUCGAAAAACCGUGAUAUAGAUUUCUACCUGGAACCGGAGAGGUUUGAACUGCUAAGUUUGCCGGUUGGCGUUCUGCUCAGACUCAAGAGCAUUAAGAACAGCGCCAUCUAUACUUGCCAGGUCGAAUUAGGGAACAUGAUCACAGAACUAGAGGUUUCUGUACAUGUAGUUCCAUACAACUUGUUUGUUGGUAACACGUGUCCUAUGGAGAAAAUGAGAAUAGUUUGGCCAACCACUAAAAUAAAAACAGAAAUAAGGAGACCUUGCUCCGGGGAUGAUGAGGGGUUUGUGAUGAGGAAAUGUGAGCAAAGAUCUCCUGGAGAUCCUGGAAAAUGGGGAAACAUUGACGAGUCUGAAUGCGUGAAGAAGAAUAUUCUCCUGGUUCAAGAUCAUCUUCAGACAAUAAUCUCAGGAUACACUAGAGAAGGGGAUACGGAUACCCUGGGUAGGGAUAUUGUGAUGAACCUAAACGAUCUGUGCUCUGGAUCUUUACGAAUUGAAGAGUGGAAACUAGUUCUCCAGGUUGUGGCAGAUACUAUGACAUAUUUACAAAACUCCGACAAUGCUCUUCAUGGGUAUAGAUACCCCUGGACAAACCAAAUCAAAUCCUUCAAAACAGAAUUCUUCAAACUUAUCAAGUGUCUACUCAGUGAAGCAAAAAGGUUUAUAUUGAAGGAGAGAAUCGGAGAUAUCCUUGAACUACUCAGAAGAACCAGUCUUAUUAUGGGAAGAGAACUGGAGAUAUCUAACUCCAGUAAUUUCUCCUUCCAUCCUUACGGAGAAACUCAGAUUUCAAAGAUAAAUCUGAAACAGGUUAAGAAUGAUACAACUUUGCUGGGAGCGAACACAAGUUCUAACUGGGAAAUUAAUGAUUCUUUUAAAUCAGGAAUCCAGGUUUAUCUUUCUCCAAACCUAACUCGAAACUCCAACAUUAAGGACGAAGUGUUUAUCGUUAGUGUAAUAUUCAUGGAGCAACUGCAUCUGACGGUUCGGGAAUAUCUUAACUCCGGGCACAGAAUUUCUGCAUACGAGAUAAAUUCCCAUCUUAUAACCAUUGCAUUGGAAUCCGAGAACAGGAUAAGAAAAUCAGAGUUUACCUACAAUCCUGUUGAUACCAUAUCCAUUGAGGAGGAUUUUAUCAUUUCUAUACAAUUUACUUAUCUCAACAGUUCUUUCAACCAAACUCUGAGAAAUGUUAAAUGCGGCGAAAUUCCUGGAGAUUCUCACAGAACUUUACUUAAUCUUAAACCUACGGAGAACUGUAAGCUGAAAUACACGAAUAGGACGGGGUUGAUGAUCCCUACCUGUGAAUGCAGCAGGACGGGAACCUUUGGUCUGCUGGUGAGUCGUCCUGCCCGGGAGUGGGACGGGAUCAGAGUGAACGGAGUAUCUAAACCCGUUGUAUACGGUUGUUUAACCAGUUUUAUCCUCUCGGUUUUAACUUGGGGACUCCUGAUCAAAUCCUACCUGGAGAACUCUAAUAAACUAAUCACUAUUCUUAAGGUAGUGACAACAUGCGGAGUAAUAAUGUCAGAUAUGAUUUUUAUGAUAACUCUGAACCGUUUCCUUCCGACGGAAUGGAACCACUACACUUCAGCCGGGUUACAGAUCAGUACACUGACAAGUCUAUCUGCUCAGCUCGGUAUAUCAACUCUAAUCCUUCUACAGCAUAGACGUAUUCAACACUCUAGGCUCUCGUAUAUUCUGGUGUUCCUCGUUUCUGCAUGUUCUCCUUCUAUCAUCAUCGGAAUACUCUCCAUCGGAUGUGGAUUCAAUGAUUCUAAGUAUGGAGGGUGGUGGCUCAACAUUGGAGGUUUCCAUUUUAUCAGAUUUAUCGCGAUUAUGUCGGUGUUCCUUGCCUUUCUUCUCCUAGUCCUUGGUGUAACCUGGAUUACUCUGUCCCGGGAGCUAAACACGUCAAGCCUUGAAUCUAAAAUGACGAUCACAGUGAAUCGCAGUCUCGGAACCUUGAAACGUGUUUUCCUCAUCACACUUCUCCUUAUCCUCAACACUAUUCUCAGUAUCAUCUACUGCAACUCAGCAGGAGCAGACUCUAUUGCAGAAUAUACUUUUGGGAUAUCCAGUGCUUCAGUAGGAUGUUUCCUGUUGUUCUGCUAUAUUCUCCGUAGUGAAUCCUAUAUCAUGGUGUGGUGUGGGGAUAAGGAUGCUUGGACAGAAAUGAAACAUGUUGUACAGGAUAAAAGUAGAAAUACUGGCAGUUUUAGUGAUAGCGGAGCAAGUAGGAUCACUAGCUCAUCAGCUCAACCUAGUAGGAUAAAAAGCUCAACAGCUCAGCCAAGUAGACUAAUCAGCUCAUCAGCUCAACCUAGCAGACUAAUCAGCUCAUCGGUGAAAUCUAAUAACAAAGAAUCUUUCAGAGCAAGCGUUACUUUUCCAGGGAUUAGAGAACCUAAUAAAGAAGAAAACAACCAGAUCUGUUCUAAACUGUAUCCACUCACUCCCAUCGAGCCUACUCCAGGACUCCAGGAUACAAACAAAUCAGAGACUAAACACCCACCUAGAGCUAGAUGUUAUAUCAAGGAUGAUAAUAUAUCCAGAUCUCUGUCAAACCCACCUGAACCCUUGUCCCAGCUGCUGGGACGUGUAUCCAAACAGCCCAGAUCUUUUCUCCCGGAUGAAGGAAGAAAGGUGGGACAGUAUGGCUCCAGGAGGUCAACUAUCAGCAGUAAUAUGACGUUGACCAACUCUACAGAUGUAUCGGAGUAUGUACAACAAGAAACCAAUCCAGUAAAACCAGACUUCUUCCUACACAACCUUAAUCAGACUUCGGAGCUAGCUUCGGAUUACUCCAAGAUAAGGUUCUCUCCAGAUACCUAUGCAACUAUGUCUCCGAGCUCUCCAAUACCAGAGGAGUUUGAGGAAAGAAUCUGGAAAGAUGAAGACGACCUAAAUCUGGAAAUUUUCUCCAACUAUAUAAAUACAGAGGGCUACAAUGAACACAGGCGAAGAUCUGCUCUACUGGAGUCCAGGUUUAAUUCUUCGAAAGAUCAGAAUCCUGGUUUAGUUACUCCAACUAGGUUAGAACACCGUGGGAACUGUUUACUAGACAACCCAGAGCUAAUCAACGAUGGUCUUAAUGAGAGUGAAAACCAGGUUUCAAGUCAAUCCAAACCUAUUCCUGUAACCUAUAUCUUCGCAGAGUUGGGAUCAAUCUCUCCAAAGAAAAAGUUUGAUGAGAACUUUGUGAAGCGGAGUUUUACUCCGAAUGCUACACUUUCUCAUCAGGAUGCGUCUCUUAAUUGCAAGCUGAAGUCGGAGUGGAGAAGUUUGGGAGAGAUACGAGAUAUGGCAGGAUUUUCAGGCACCGAGAUGUGCAACGGAGGAGAAAGUUUAAACUCCGUCUUCUCUGAGGAUAUUACAGAAGGAUAAGG